CCGAUGGCGUCACCGCCGUGCUGCGGGCCCGGCGGGAGGGCAGACCGGCGCGCUGCGGACAGCUAAGGGCCGCGGGAGGGCAGGCCCCAGUCGGGAGCUCCGUGGUGUGGUAUGAGCGGCUGCGCUUCGCGGGGCGUCUGCGGCUGACUCAGGCUGCCGGGGUGCGGUUUCGGCGCUGGGCGCUCUGGUAGCCAAGCUCUUCCCUCAAGCCCGGCGGAUGGGCCCGGCCCGGCCCGAAGAUGUCUGGAAGGUCCUCUGGAAGGGAGGCGGCACCGGCAGGGGUUACAGAUUGGUUGGCGCAUUCAUUUGAUGACUUCUUUGGAAAUGCAAAUACUCCUAGUGUUGUUCCUGUGAAGCCACUUCGAGGCAAAUCUGGAAGGAAUUGCCAGCAACAGAAAGACCUGUGUUCUGUGCCAGAAAGUAGCAAAACCAAAGUUCUACCCAGGAAAAGAGCAAAGUCGUCUUCAGUAGAUCUGCCUUCUAGCAAGUCCAGACUAAACCAGAGCUCUUCUCAAGAUGAGCCAUGGGUAGAUAGAUACAAACCUGAAACUCAGAAUGACCUUGCUGUGCAGAAAAAGAAAAUUGAAGAAGUUGAAACCUGGUUAAAAAUGCACAUAUUUCAGAGGCAACCAAAGCAGGAUGCUUCUGUUUUGCUGCUGACUGGUCCGCCUGGUUGUGGGAAGACUGCAACUGUACAAAUACUAGCAAAAGACCUUUGCAUUCAAGUGCAAGAAUGGAUCAAUCCGAUAUCUUCGGACUUUACAAAAGAAGACUUCAGAAAUAUUUUUAGCUAUGACUCAAAUCUCCCUAUGUUUCCAAGUCAGGCCCAAGCAGCUGUCUUUCAAGAUUUUCUGUUAAGAGCAAAUAAAUAUAACAAACUUCAGAUGCUUGGGGAGUCCCCAGAAAAUGAUAAAAAACUUAUUCUCGUUGAAGAUAUGCCUAACCAAUUCUAUCGAGAUCCCAGCAGUCUACAUGAAAUUCUCAGGAGGUUUGUUCGUACAAGUAGAUGUCCUCUUAUAUUCAUAAUCUCAGAUAACUUCAGUGGGGAUACCAACCAGAAGUUACUAUUCCCAACAGAACUUCUAGAGGAGCUGUGUAUAUCCAGUAUUAGUUUCAAGCCCAUUGCACCAACAAACAUGAUGAAAGUUCUUAACCGAAUAGCUGCAACAGAAGCUAGUAUGAACAGAGAAAAGAACCAUGCUUUCGAUAGAACCUCUCUGGAGUUGCUUUGCAGAGGUUGUUCAGGUGAUAUAAGAAGUGCAAUAAACAGUCUUCAGUUUUCUUCAAUGCAAGUCUGCUCAUUGGAGAAAGAGUUUUGGUCAAGGAAAAAAAGAAGCUCUACACUAAAAUGUGAAGCAGAAGUAUCUAAACUAAGAAAGAAAAAUAAAUCUGAUACAUCAGAAGACCAUGAGAUACAAGCUAUCGGUGGCAAAGAUGCUUCCAUCUUUCUUUUCCAUGCUUUGGGGAAAAUAAUUUACUGCAAAAGAGAACCAACGUCAGAAUCAGAAUUCCCACAGCUGCCUGCCCAUUUAUCAGAAUAUCAUCGAGACACCUUACUUAUUCAGCCUGAGGCUAUCGUGGAAAAAUCACAUAUGUCUGGAUCCAUGUUUAAUUUAUACCUUCACCAGAACUACGUAGACUUCUUUUCUGAUAUAGAUGAUGUAGUGAGAGCCAGUGACUAUUUGAGCAUUGCAGAUAUCCUUUGUAGCAAUUGGAAUACACGGUUGGAGAUGGAAAAAUACAGUGCAUCUGUGGCUACCCGAGGGGUGAUACAUUCGAAUACAUCCAGAGCCUUUGCCCACCACCAAGGAGGCAUGGGAUUCCGGCCUUUACAUAAGCCUCAGUGGUUCUUCAUCAAUAAAAAGUAUCAAGAAAAUUGCCUUGCUGCAAAAUCACUCUUUUCAAGCUUCUGCUUACCACCUGAGUGCCUUCAGACUGAGCUACUGCCUUAUCUUGCUUUGUUAGCAAAUCCAAUGAGAAACCAAGCUCAGAUUGCUUUUAUCCAGGAUGUUGGGAGGCUACCACUGAAAAGACACUUUGGGAGGUUAAAGCUGGAAACACUUACCGAUAAAGAUCCUGGGAUACCAGACAUAUUUGUGACCUCCGAAGUGGACCCUGCUGAUGUGCAUGCUGUGGAGGCAGCUGCACAGAUGGAGAAAAGCACAGCGAAUGAGAAGGGAUUGGAUGGAUUAAUUCUCUCUUCUAGCCAGUGCAGUGGAAGUGAACUGCCUUGCAGUCAGCCUCAGCCUGUGACAUCUCAAGCAAUCAUGGAGGAAGAAGAAUUAAAAAUAGAGGAGUAUGAUAGUGACUGAGUACAAGAAAGUGUCAACCACCACUUUGCCCAAACAUGAAUAUGCUAUGAAGGCCUUUACUGAGGAGAGCAUAGUCAGCACAAUGUACCCCUUUAGCUACUUGGGUGGACUAGGAGGCCAAGUCUAAACCUACUCUAUCAGCACAAAGACAACUCUCCUCGGCUUCCUUUUAACAGGAUCAGGCCUAUGCUGAAUGCUAAAUUACAAGUUGUUCUUUGCUUUUUCUGAGCCAUCAAAUAACCUACAGUGCUAAAACUAGAAUAAAUGGUUACUGAAAUCAGUUUGAAAAAGACUGUAAAUAAGCAGUGUCACUCUUAAGUUAUUUUUAUUUUUUACACUUUUUAAUUUAGUUUGCAGUUGUACAGUGUGCUUCCUGAGGACAUACUUGAUAAGCUGUCAUCAGCAUUUGGAGGUUUUACUCAAAUUCAUACUUGCAGAAGCUUAGCCCUUCUGAAAGAAGAUACUGAAGUGUACAUGUAAAAAGUCUGAUAGACCAUGGUGAUGCUGUAAAUAAAACUCCUGUAUUAAUACUGUUUUGUAUUCUGCCACAGAUUUUUAUGUGUUUGUAAAUCGAACAUAUAUUGUACAACAGAUCAUUUGGGAUUCCUUUUUGAAAGAUACUUUCAUAACUUACAGAAGGGAAAAUACAACAAUCAAGCAGAAGUCCUUCUCAUCGUUUCUCUCCCAUAGGAAGUUAAGGGGAUAGUGUGCAUUUUUUUUCCUUAAACGGUAGUGGUACUGAGUGAGUAAUCCUGAGUUUGUUAACUCUCACAUGAGAGAAGUAUACUGUAGCUGUUUAAUACUUCAGUGUUUGUCAGUAGCUGAAGUUGGUCCAUGCUACUCUAACAUGUUUCUGUGUUUAGUGAUAACCAGAGGACUAAGAUAAAAGCAACCCAAACAACUUAGAAUGUGUGUUGUAUGUUUGCGUUUUUGCAGUUUAGGAGACAAAACCAUUGUUUAACCACUAUAAUGUUGGAAUUAGCACUGCUAUUAAAGAGUUCAGGUUUGUCCUCCCUCAA